AUGGAUGCUCCUUCUGCUUUUUUCUUCAGCCUGGAGAAAAAGAAUGGGCAGAGGAAGGAGUACAAGAGGAAGCAGAUAGAGGAGCAGCGGCAGGCCGAGCGGCUGCAGAGGCAGCUGCAGCAGGAGCGAGCGUACCUGGUGUCACUGCAGCAGCAGCAACAGGAGCCGCCGCGACCGCCGCAGGACAAGAAGCAGCUGUACCACUACAAAGACCAGGCACCAGGCAGCAACGACAAACCCGCCUGGGCCAAAGAGGUGAUGCGUCGAGCUCAGAGCAACUCGCCUCGCAUCCCUCCCAAGAAAUACCACUCCUUCAACGAGACGCGAGACGUCAACCUCGACAACCUCCUCUUACUCCCCGGUUACAAACCUCGCCGCUCCCGCCCCCCUUCCUACCCCGCCCACGUCAGUCCCUCCAGGGAUAACCUCCACGUGCCUCGAAUCCGCGUCACCUGUGUCCCCGAACAUAACCCCAACUCCUCUCAGCCGGUGAUGCGCCGGCAGAGCCCGACCAAGGGCCCCGACUCGAGGGGCCGGAGCCCCAGCCGCCGGGUCAGUCGGAGGAUGAACAGUCUCUGUGCUCCUCAUUCUCUCCCUCCUCUGUUUGAUCCUGCAGUCUGUGCAGGCUGACUUACUGACUAACCCUGGCUGGGGGAAUGAUUUCCUCUUAAAUCACUCUUAACAUUUUUAUUUCUCUAACCAGGCGGACUCGCACGCAUUAACUCUGGGCUCGCGGCAGAAAUGAUAAUGUGGUCUUUUUCCUUUCUCAUUUCUCACUGGGACCUUUUGAUUAAUUUCCUCUUUGAUUUGUGCUGUCACUGCUUCCAACCACUUUCUUUCCAAAUACUGACUCCCACUUGUUGUGUAACAGCACUGAAUCAUAUUUUUUUAUGUCAGCAGUCCUACAAUGAGAAUGGUAACAUGCAGGUGUGUUUACCAUGCUGUUACUUUUGUGCUAAUUACCAAAAAACAAACCAAAGUAUUCCACAAAUUGAGGUUUUGACCUGAUGAUCUC